AUGACACCCAAAUGGCAAACCAUACGCCUCCUCCACGGAAUCCGAGCCAUAGUUGGCGGUCAAGGUCCCCCUGUGAUUCUCGUUCCAGGCUGGCCACAAACAGCAGAGGCGUUUAGCGAUAUCUUCGAGCCUCUUUCAAAACACUAUCAGUUUUUCGCUCUCGACCCCCCGGGCUUGGGUGAAUCACUUCCUCCCCUUAAUGGCUUUGAUACUUCCAACGUGAGCAAAAUCAUGGCCGAAGCUGUUCACGACACCUUGAAAGAAAAACAGUACCAUCUAGUUGGCCACGAUGUGGGUGGAUGGAUUGCUUAUCCUUGGGCGGCUCAAUUUCAAUCGAGACUCAAAUCGCUCAGUAUAUUGGACGCGUCAGUGCCGGGCUUCAUGCCCCAGCUUCAGUUUCCGUUGUCUCGCCAGACCAACAUGCGUCUGUGGCAAUUCUCAUUCAACGCGCUUCCUGAAUUACCUGAAAUUCUUACUCACGGUCGUGAACGGGAGCUACUGACCUGGUUCUUUAAUUUGAAGACGGCGAAUGCGGAUGGUUUACCAAAAGACCAAUUUGAACGUUAUAUCCAAGCCUAUUCGAGACCAGGGGCGAUGAGUAGAGGAUUCGAGUAUUAUCGAGCUUUUGAAACAAGUGCAAAGCAGAAUCUGGAAUAUGCAAAGACACCACUCGAUAUCCCUGUCUUAGCUUUGGGUGGCGCCAGCUCCGUUGGUUCAGGUAUGAUUCACUUGGUCCAAAACUUCGCGAGCAAUGUUUCUGGGGGCGCUAUUGAUGAUUGUGGGCACUUUCUCCCCGAAGAGCAACCGUCUGCUGUUGCACAGAAACUACUGGAGUUUUUGCAGGCAAACCAAAUAGAGUGA